UCCAUGGGGUUCUCUGAGCCUGGUUGAUUUCUUGCAGACAUUUCAUGACCCAACUAGGUAACAUCAUCAGUGCUAGAAAACGGAGGGAUUGUGGGAGGAGGAGGAGAAGAACUGUGGGGACCUUAGGGAGCUCUCUUGAGUUUUCGUGCAGACAUUUCAUGACCCAACUAGGUAACAUCAUCAGUGAGACAGAUCAGAUAUCACAGCUGAAGUCUCCAUCUUGGUUUAUUCUUGCGUGUUCUUGCAUCAUCUCCAUCUUUUACUUUGGGGAUAUUAAUAAAUUUAGAAUUCCGGAAUCUCUCCUUAGUCACCCUCUGACAGAGUAACUAUCCCAAGCAAGGCAAUUGGCUCAAAGAAGCAGGAAACGCCGGUUCCCCUUUUGUUCUGCCUUGAAGAGGAAAUGUUUGGGGAGGAGCAAGAGACUGAAGUAGCUCCAGAUGUCUCUCCUGCUGGCAUCGGCAUGGCUUCCUUGACAAUCCUGGGUCCAUCUCAGCUUCCGUUCUUCCUGCUUGUGCAAAACCUGAGGAUGUGUUCCUUUCAGAAAAUAGCUGUUGGAGGGCCUGGUCUGAGCACGGAACCUCGGAUACCUGAGUUCACCUUCACGCGGAUCACAGCAGGCCAGACCCUCGUUCUCAACUGUACUCUGACUCAGAUAGACCUGCCAGCAAGCGCAAUAUGGUACAAAGACUUGGGCAACGGCCAAAAGUUAAUUUACAGGGAGCGUGACAAGUUUUCUCGUGGGGCGAGGCUCGUUCCAGGAUCGAAAACUGACUUCAGCAUCAGCCUGAGCAACGUUGGCUUCGAUGAUAAUGGGACCUACUACUGCUCGGUGGUCAAGAAAAGUCUCGAAAAGAGAGAAUCUACUGUAAAGAAACAGGUGGUGGUGUUUGUGACAGUUCCUCCCAAAGUUCGUCUGGAGACCAGCCCACCUUCCCCCGUCCAGCUGAACGCCACUGUGACGGUCACUUGCCACGCAGAAAGUUUCUAUCCAGAUGGUGCCAAAGUGGACUUGUUUUGCAAGAAUACCAGCGGUAAAGGAAAGACUACUGCGACAACCUUGAAUUCCGAUGGGACCUACUCCCGCAACAGUUCCAUGAAGUUCACGGCCACCGAAAAAUGGAAUUCAUCGCUCUUCACUUGUCUGGUCAAACAUAACUCGCAAGCAGCAAUCAAGGCGACGGCAAGACUGUUUAUUAGGACAGAAAGCUCACGGCAACAAUCCAUGCUUGGUCUUUAUUUGGGCCUUUUCCUGAACAAAAUAGGACUCUUUUUUUUCUUCAUGGGUCUUUUCAAAAUAAAGGCGUGUGGAUGCUGCGUUGCGAGACAUUUUGCCCCGUCUUCCCAAGACUGAAAGUUCGACUUAACAACGGUUCCAGACAUUCUGGAUGA